GCGGGCGGCCAGGCUCGUGCUGCUUUGCAGACGCCGCUGUUCUGGGUCGUAGGUUCUUGUCAGCCAUGGUCAACCCCACCGUGUUCUUCGACAUCGCGGUCGAUGGCGAGCCCUUGGGCCGCGUCUCCUUCGAGCUGUUUGCAGACAAAGUUCCAAAGACAGCAGAAAACUUUCGUGCUCUGAGCACUGGAGAGAAAGGAUUUGGUUAUAAGGGGUCAUGCUUUCACAGAAUUAUUCCAGGAUUCAUGUGCCAGGGUGGUGACUUCACACGCCACAAUGGCACUGGUGGCAAGUCCAUCUAUGGGGAGAAAUUUGAGGAUGAGAACUUCAUCCUGAAGCAUACAGGUCCUGGGAUCUUGUCUAUGGCAAAUGCUGGUCCAAACACAAACGGUUCCCAAUUUUUCAUCUGCACUGCCAAGACUGAAUGGUUGGAUGGUAAGCAUGUGGUAUUUGGGAAAGUGAAAGAAGGCAUGAACAUUGUUGAAGAAAUGGAACGCCUUGGGUCUAGGAACGGCAAGACUAGCAAGAUGGUCACCAUCGCUGAUUGUGGACAACUCUAAUACAGUUGAUUGUUCCAUCUUAACCACCAAACCAUUCCUUCUGUAGCUCAGGAGAGCACCCUGCACUCCCCAUCUGCUCACCAUACCCUGUAACCUGUGCUCUCACUGCAGUUCUUUGGGGUUCCAUAUUUUCCUUAUUCUCCUCCAAGUCUAGCUGGAUUGCAGAGUUAAGUUUAUGAUUAUGAAUAAAAAUUAAAUACCAA